AUGAUAAAGCAAAGAAAAAGAAACAAAAAAUAUGAGUCAUCAGAGAGUGAAAGUGACGAGGAAGAAAGCCGAAAUAGUUCAGAUGAUGAAAUAUCCGAGAAAGAUGAAAACAGGUGUCAGGAAUGUACGGAAAAUUAUUAUAAGACGACUUCUAAAGAAGAUUGGAUACCUACCUUGCUCUUUUUGGAUGCACGAGUUCUGCACAAUGUACAAACCGCUUUGUAA